AUGUCACCUCGUUCCGUGUCUCCUUUCACACGCGGAGCUCAAAUCGCACUCGAAAACCUCUUGUCAGACCACCAGUCUGAUCCUCUUGCCAGUUUGAUCGAUUUGGUGGAGGAACUGGACGAUACAAGGCCGAUCGUAAACGAUUGGGAGCAUGUUACUGUGAUGAAAGGGGGUAGUUGGAUCUAUCAAGUGAUGCGCGAUGUUUGGGAGGAGGCUGCAAGUGAAACAGAUGAUGAGGAUGACGAGAUGAAGGAUGAGGAUAUCGAUAUUGAAGAUAUCUUGGUGAAGGUUGCGAAAUGGGUUGAGAGAGAGAUGGAGAGGUUGCGUGGCAGUGAACAGGUAUAG